AUGUCGACCGCAAUUGCAUCCGCAACGGCAGCUCAGCUAUCCUCGCCGCAUACCACCCGCGAUCCCAGCCCCAGGAAUUUUCCGUCCCUGGCUCCUCCACCGGUGAACUCCUCUCCACCUCGUGUGGCAAGCUCACGAGAUGCUCCCAAAGGCACUCCCGAUAAUAAAGACCCGUCGUCUCCAUCACAAGGUAGCGCGGGUCCCAAAAUCACUGUCAAAAAGGAGCCGCCAUCAUCCCCCCGUAUACAGACUCGUCCCCGUCCUCGCAAGUUGGAUCUUUCCACCAGUCUCCCCUCCUCAAGUGGUUUGACCGUUCGGCCACCGGGUGGUCCGAUGACCGCUCGCGACGGCGUCACCAUGCAAGAUGUGGGCUUAGCUUGCUUGUCACCUGGCUUCCAGACACACGAUCCGAUAAUGCGAGAGCAACUUCAGCGCAGCCUCUCCGUGCGCGAUCAGCAGCGGUCAAUAAUCGAGGCACGAUUGCAGAAACCCGGCAAAGAGGACGGUCCGCCUUCACAAUCGGGCUUCAUGGGUAUGCCACCCCGGAGUGGCUCGAAGCGACGACCACCACCCGGCCUCUCCAUCGUUCCACCCUCGGCAUCGCAGUUUGCAAACGAGCGGGUCAUUCAGUCGGCCCCGUUGCAUCAGACCUUUACCGGUCGCUAUCAGCCCCAACCCUUGACCCGUCAUGUCGUCAACCAGAGCCCGACCCUGGGCGCUACAUCUCAUAUGCACCAGGUUCCGGCCAACCAGACGAAUAAUCGUCUUCCGCCUCUCUCGGAUGUUUUUGGAUCCGAUGCGCUCGGUCGGGAUCGAGAGCCCAGCCGCCAGGGCCUCUACGUGAAUGCGUCAAGCUCAAAUUCCUCGCAGUCCAACUUGGCUCCUAUGCCUUCUCCUGGCCUUCCUGCCAUGUCUCAAACUCCCAGCCGGCCACGGGAGUACCGGUCGGCUGAAGAAGCCGUACAGGAGCUGUCAGGAGGACGGGAAGAGCUGCUUCCUCGCAUUGUGCAUUAUGGGGGGCACCAACCGCCCACCCCUCCAUCCCCACAGACCAUGCAUACCGCUCCCAAGACCGCACCUAUGGCCUGGGAAGAGCCCGCGCCAAGUGCGCCUCUCGCUCCGAUGCAGAUGCCGGAUACGACUGCGCGCCGUCGUCCUCGCAGCGAAUACGAAAAUGAUAAUGGAAGCCCCCCGCUGGGACAUGGUCCUGAUUCUCAGUAUCGUCCCAACCCGGCUGCCAACCCGGCCCCCAGUGCUACUCUCCCUGGUCCCUUUGGCGCAGGUCGAGACUCGCCUGAAACCCAACGGAAAAAGAAGGAGGAGUUCCUUGGCCUCUGUGCACGAGCAUGGGAUCUGUUUCACUCAUAA